GGCCCAGUUCCGCGUUGUGCCGGGCCCAGCGGAGCUGCUGGAGCGUGGGGCAGCAGCUUUGCAAGAGGAAUUGCUUUGGGCUCGAGUGCUGCAGAGCUGAGGACCUGGUUGGGCUCUUCCACCACCUUCAGAUCCUGGAGAAGUGGUGGAGAGGGAAUAACUGUGAGGAGCUGGAAGGGAUCCCCACACGUGAGUGAUCUAUGAAAUGGCAGAGAAUGGCACAGACUGUGACCAGAGGCGCAUAAGAAUGAGCAAAGAGCAGCACAAUGGGAACUUCACAGAUUCCUCGAUGCUGAGUGAGCGGAAGCGAAGGGAGCGAGAGGAGAGGUUGAAUAUUGUACUGUGGAAAAAACCGCUUGUUACCUUGCAGUAUUUUUGCCUGGAAACUCUAAUAAACUUGAAGGAAUGGACCAUAAAAUUGUGGCGGCGGCGAGGGGCCCUGGUGUUUGUGUUGCUGGCACUGGCAGUGCUCACAGCCAUGUACUACAUCGAGGGGACACAUCAACAGUAUGUGCGGUACAUGGAGAAGAAGUUCUUCUGGUGUGCCUACUGGGUAGGAUUGGGCAUUCUCUCCUCUGUUGGGCUUGGAACAGGUCUCCACACCUUUCUGCUCUACUUGGGUCCACACAUAGCCUCAGUCACUCUUGCUGCCUAUGAAUGUAACUCUGUGAAUUUUCCUGAGCCUCCUUACCCGGAUCAGAUUAUCUGCCCUGAUGAGGAGACAACUGAAGGCUCCAUCUCUUUGUGGGCAAUCAUCUCAAAAGUCAGGCUGGAGGCCUGCAUGUGGGGUGCUGGUACAGCCAUUGGAGAGCUGCCCCCAUAUUUCAUGGCGAGGGCAGCCCGGCUGUCGGGUGCUGAACCUGAUGAUGAGGAGUACCAGGAAUUCGAGGAGAUGCUGGAACACGCAGAGACUGCACAAGACUUUGCUUCCCGGGCCAAACUGGCAGUGCAGAACCUGGUGCAGAAGGUUGGGUUCUUUGGGAUCCUGGCCUGUGCCUCGAUCCCAAACCCCCUGUUUGACCUGGCUGGGAUAACUUGUGGCCACUUUCUGGUUCCCUUCUGGACCUUCUUCGGUGCAACCUUGAUUGGAAAAGCCGUGAUUAAAAUGCACAUCCAGAAACUCUUUGUUAUUAUCACCUUCAGCAAACACAUCGUGGAGCAGAUGGUGGCCCUCAUCGGUGCUAUUCCGAGUAUAGGUCCUUCUCUUCAGAAGCCAUUUCAAGAAUAUUUGGAAGCUCAGAGGAUAAAACUUCACCACAAAUCCGACAGUGCUGUGCCACAGGGGGAAAACUGGCUAUCCUGGAUAUUUGAAAAAUUGGUGAUUGUCAUGGUUUGUUAUUUUAUCUUGUCUAUAAUCAACUCCAUGGCCCAGAGCUAUGCCAAGCGACUGCAACAGAAGAUGUACUCGGAAGAAAAAACCAAAUGAGCUUGGAAAAAAUGGGAAAAAACCCCUCAGGAUGGGUUUUGGCAGACACAAGAAAUGGCACAUCUUUUCAUAUGUUUAAAAAUCAGCAUUAUUCAAAAAGGGGAAAAAAUUUUAACACCCAUUUUCAACUCUUAACAAGUUUUUUUUGUUUGAUUUUGAAAGUAAUUUGGAUAUUAGAGCAACGGUUUCAUUGACAAACUUAAAUUCUACGGUAAGGUGUAAAUGUUCACGUUGUGUUUUACAGGAUGGACAAUGGGAUGUUGUUAAAUAGAGUUUAACACAAAUGUUGUCCAUCCAAAUUACUUCCAAAACUGAUGAUAUAAUACUCUCCAUCUCCUGAUUUAACUUCAGACUGACCUGAGGGUAACGUUUUCUUUUGAAGGGUGGCUGGUUUGCUUUUUCCAUAAGUUUCAAGACCAUGAAAAUGUAAAUAACUGAGUCCAGGUCGGGUACAAACUGUUGCAUGUCCCUCAUGGUAAGGCUGUUCUGUCUGAAUUCCCAGUGUCCCAUUGCAUUGCACGCUGGAAAAGCCACCCUCUCCAACUUCAUGAUGUUAGCAGAGAUGGUUGAUGUCAAAAUGCUGAAGCCAACAUUUUUUAUUCUGUAUAUUUAGAAUGAAGUUAAGAUAAAAACUUUAUAAAGUCAUCUUAUGAUCAUUCCAGAAUUUCUUGUGUCAGUCUUUUUAAGCUGCUUCUUUUCCUCUCUCACUUUUGGAUGCUCUGUGCAUGUUUGCUCAUCCUUCCUGCACUAAUGGUGCUCAGACCCUUUGUUCUCUUUUUGUUUUGUUCUUUUUUUGUUGGUGUUUUUUUUUCCUUCAGAACUUCUGGCUUAGUGCAAAGGGAGGAGGAAGGCUGUGCCUUGUUUGGAGCACAGUCACUGCCUAAAUAGGUUAAAUGGAGAACGAGAUUGGUUAUCCUAAAUUCUGCUCAGGUGUUUGCCCCUGAGACCAGAACUGUGGGCAGUGGAGGAGAAGAGAGAGGGAAGAGUUCAGUUCCAGCUGAAAGCAGAUUCUGUGUCUACCCAGUAAUGGUGCAGAGAACUUCAGAGAACCUUUAACCUCGUGCUUUUAGUCAGCUUUGUUUUGGUCAGCAUGUGCCAGUUGAGAUGUACAGGAACAGAACUGAUAUUAAAAUGCCUCUUUUCCCUCUUCAGUGCAUCAGUCCCCACUGCUGCUGUACCUGCAUUGCUCUCAUCACUUGUGAACGAUUGGUUUUUAUUUUAUCCUAGCAGGGUAAGAUGAAGAAUUAAUUUGCCUUUCUAAUUAGCGUUGUCAGGAGGUGGCCCAGAGCCCUGAGCUGCAGCUUAGCUUAUCUUAGGCUGCUCCUUGGGCCGGGUUAGGCAGGGCUGGGGGUUUUGCAGCUGUGUUGUGUUGGAGCCUGUUGUGUUGCCAGCGUCGUGCCAUGCCAUGGCUGUACCAUCCUGUCGGAUAGCUUAUCAGACUGAUGUUGACUGUUGGAUCUCAUGGCAACAACAGUCGGUAGGCUGUCUGACAUUUUGGUAUCUCUCAUCUGACCGUUCCUCAUCCAUCCCCAGCUGUUUCCAUUGAGCAUCAGCAGCUCCUCAGUGUCUGUGCUUGGGCUGGGAUUGAGCUCCGAGUGCCGCGGUCCUGCAGAACAAAGCCCUGGAAAAGCUUCCCCUGGGCGGGGCUGAGGUUUGUGCCCAUUCCUUGGCUUCCCAGGGAACUUCAGUGCUGGGAAUGGCUGGGGAGGAUGUGCAUGGACUGCUCCAAGAGAUGAAAUCCCAGUAUCUGAAAGUCCCAGCACAGGAGUUGGUAGCAGGGAGUUGAAAGCACAGAGGCCAUUCAGCUGCUCCUGGUGAUUUUUAAAAGGUGAGCAGUAUUUACUAAAUCUUACCAUUUUUUGGCCUGAAUACGGCCUUUGACAAUAAUGUCACAAGGAACUUGUUCUGGUACAAUUCCAAACCCCACAGCUGUGUUUGGAACUUCACCUUUUCAGCCUGCAAACUCUCAGUGUUGCACUUUGUCAGGGAUCACCUCAGAGUUCCCUUUCCCCUCAGGACUCUGGAGCAGUGACAGCCCUUGGCUGCUCUCCCCACUUCUAGUGGCAGCUUUUUGGUCCCCAAAUCUGUCAUCUGAGGGACACAGGUAUUUAUUAACCUCUCACACUUCUGGGAGGGGACAGUAUUGAUGCCAUGCUGGGGUCCCUGUGUGCUCUCAGGUUGGAAUCAGGACACUGCAACAACAACUGAAAGAGAAAAAACUUCUUCCUAGAGCCUGAGCCAAUAAACUGACCCUUUCUAAAUGCUUUAGAGGUCUUCUUAAAAUUCUGCCUCUUGCCUGCUGGAAACCACAAGAGAAACUGAAAACUUUCUCCCACUUUUGGUUCAAUGUGUUUACAUAUUUAUAGUGUGAAAUAUAUAUAUAUAUCUAUUGUUCUUCAGCUUGUGUUUCCAUGUGUCCAUUCCAAUAAGCUCUGCUGUUAUUUUGAAGCUUUCUAACACUCUUUAAAGAAGAAAGUGAUCAUUCUACCUGCUUCUACCUGGGAGAUAAGAAUUGGUAAAAGGUAAAAAAAAACCUAAUAACAGAAAGAAAAGUGACACUAACCUGAUGAGACUUGCAAUGGAUAGUUUUAUGUUUGCUUAAAUAAACAAAGAAAUAACGUUU